AGCGACAGAGAUAUCUGCUUAAUCUUGAGAAACAAGUGUCGAAAUAAUAAACGUCUUUCCUACAAAUCGCAUGUUUUUAAAAACUAUUUACUGAAACAGAUUUGCUUCAUUUCGUUUCUGGUCGGUGAUUCUGAGUUUUAUACUGACACGAGCAAAUUUACAAAACUAGGCAUAAAGUCACCGCCCAGUUUCGUGAACGCGCACCAAGCGGCGCGCGCUCCCGCGAGUGAUGGAUCCAUGAAGUUGUUAGUACAAAAAUGGCUGAUUUCCUGCCCUCCCGGACGGCUUUAGUUUGUAUCCCCGCUUGUUUUCUCUCCAGCAACGAGGUCGAGCAACAAAGGAAGUCCAAAGAGAUAGACCGAUGUAUUUCUCGGGAGAAGACGUUUGUGAAGCGCUUGGUGAAGAUUUUACUGCUGGGAGCGGGCGAAAGUGGCAAGUCAACUUUCCUCAAACAAAUGCGCAUAAUUCACGGGCAGGACUUCGACCAGCGGGCCAAAGAAGAGUUCCGGGCUACAAUCUACAGCAAUGUUAUCAAAGGAGUGCGGGUCCUCGUUGAUGCCAGAGAAAAGCUGCACAUCCCUUGGGGAGACCCUUCUAACCAGGCCCAUGGAGAGGUCAUGAUGGGCUUCGACACCCGCUCAUCCACGAUGGCCCAGGGAAUAGUAGAGACCAAAAUCUUUCUGCAUUAUCUGCCAUCGAUUCGUGCCCUGUGGGCUGACAGCGGGAUUCAGGCUGCUUAUGACAGGAGGAGAGAGUUUCAGCUGGGUGAAUCAGUUAAAUAUUUUCUGGACGAUAUGGACAGAAUUGGGCAGCAGGACUACUUGCCAACUCAGCAGGACAUACUUCUGGCACGGAAGCCCACCAAGGGCAUCCAUGAGUAUGACUUUGAGAUCAAGAAUGUUCCGUUUAAGAUGGUGGAUGUGGGCGGGCAGCGGUCAGAGCGCCGUCGAUGGUUCGAGUGCUUUGACUGUGUCACUUCCGUCCUCUUCCUUGUCUCAUCUAGCGAGUUUGAUCAGGUUCUAAUGGAGGACCGUCAAACCAACAGGCUUAUGGAAUCACUUAACAUAUUCGAGACCAUCGUCAACAACCGUGUCUUUUCGAAUGCAUCAAUCAUUCUCUUUCUCAAUAAGAUGGACUUGCUGGAAGAGAAAGUGAAGAUUGUGUCAAUCAAAGACUAUUUCCCUGAGUACACGGCAGAUCCCCAUGAUCUGUCUGAAGUAAAGAAGUUUCUAGUGGAGUGCUUCCGCAGCAAGCGCCGCGAACAACUGAAGCCCCUGUACUAUCACUUCACCACUGCCAUUAAUACAGAGAACAUCCGACUUGUCUUCCGUGAUGUAAAGGACACUAUCUUGCAUGAAAAUUUGAAACAGCUCAUGUUGCAAUGAGCGACGUGGGGCAUUGUUUAUGAUCAGUCCAUUUUAUUGUGUUUUUUUUUUUUUUUUUUUUUUUUUUUUUUUCUUUGUUUUUGGCUUCUCUUUAACAUGAACCAUGAUUCAGUAAAAGCCCUGAAAUGAAAACCUGCCCAAAGCAGGUACAUUGUGUUGCCACUGGCCGGUUAGACUACUUCACCAAACUUUUUAUUUUAUUUUUAUUGUUUUUAAAUAAGCUGUCUGUCAUACAUAUUCUCCAUGUUCUGGUGCUCCAACCUGAUCAUGAACUCUCGCUGAUGUCCUGUGGAUCAGUAUGACGUAUGGCUUUCUCCUAUUCAGAUAAGUCUCUUUGGGGCGUAUAACUCUAAAGACCUCCAAUUCUCAAUUUUGCUGUAGUUAUUGUUCAACUGUACACACCAGGCCAUCUACAAUGUACAAAAUUUUAUUUUUCAGUAACUUUUUACUAUAGGGCAGCGUUCAUAAGGCUAUGUGAUGACCUUCGUAAGACCUUAAUGACGACACUUCACACGACAUCUGUGUUAUAGCUCUGUGUGUGUCACAGUGAAAGUGCUCAUGUGACGUAGCUUGACAAGUCAGUGUGGUUAACUGAAAGUGCAUUUUCUGAGGGUUUUAGGUAAAAUGUUAUAUUUUAUCAAAUUACAUUUGUGUAAAAUUAUGAUUUGAAGGUGAUUUCACCAGAAUGUCAUAACACAAUGUCAUAAAUUGAUGUCACCUGAAAUAGGUGCUAUGUCAAAGUGACAAAGUUCACUAAAGCUGCCCGUUCUGACAGACAACACUUACUGGAAUAAGCCUUUUUUAAUACUUGUGUGGGUUUAUAAGUUAUGCACCUUAAUCAACACUGCCCUACAGUACAGUGUUACUUAAUUUUUUAAGUACUGUUACAAAAAUGUGUUAAAUUUUGCUGGUCAGUUGUUUUAAUUAGAAUUUAAUUUAGAAUUUAAGUAAUAUGGAAAAAAAGUACCUUAUGAAAGAAAGAUCAAUUAGUGAUGACCUCUGUGAAUAGCAAGCUAGUGAAAAUAGCUUAUUUUGGUCAUUGAUGCCCCAAACAAUAUCUGUGCUGGUGAGCAAACUGCGUUUGGUAGAUUUAUUUUAUUUUUUUUACUAUAUUUACAGAAGCAGUUGGUGGACUGAACUUUUGUGUGUGUUUGUGGUGUUUUUUUUUUUUUGUUUGUUUUUGUUGUUUUUUUUUUAAAGAAGCAUCUGGUUUUCAUAUUUGUGGAGCAGGUAUGGGCAUGCCACAGAGCUAAGUGGUAAAUGUAGCUGAACUAUAUAUUCAUAGUCACACUCCAAGUGCUAACUGACUAGAUUUAAGCUUGAUAUAAGUCUGCUUAACUGCUGAGACUCAGGACUGUAAAUAUGCAUUGUAGACACAUAAUUGAUGAGCACCGUUAAUGAUUGGGAUUGGAAUUUUUGGAUUUGUUGAUUUAAAUCAUGGUGUUGGGUGCCCCCCCCCCAUUCUUUCAGAACACCAUAUAAUUGCACUUGGCUCAUGCUGAACGUGCAUUAUCCUAGUUAAGGUACCCGUGUAUGUAAUGCUGUUGUCUUUGUUAUUAUCAAAAGGGAAAAAAAUCUUUGUUAUACAGAAUGUAUGUUGUACAGAUCCCUUGUCUAUAGUUUUAAAUCAUAGUCUGGUGGAUUUUUCACUUUAAUGUUUCCUUAAGUGAAAUGUGACCAGCAUCAACUAUGAACCUUUCCUAUGUUGGGUUAUAUAGUAAUUUACCAGAGUUAGAUAAAUAUGUGUACAUAUGCAUUUAUCAUGUCAGAUUUACUUCAAGAAGCCAAAUUACCUUAUUGUCUUAUGUUGUUGGCUUAAGUGGGCAAUUUUUCCUCAGGGUUUGUGGUGCGAUUUUAUUUUGGGGAUGGAGGAAGCAUGUUUUGUUUUUAUAAUGUAGACCAAGAUGUUUAGAAAUUCACCUCAAAUGACCAUUUACAGUACCAACUUGCAUAUUUUAUAAUUAAAAGCUGAUUUUUCUUAGUUCUCAUCUCAGCUGGCAGUUUUGGGUAAAAACUGUUGCGUGACAUCUUUUACAUCAUCUGUUGACAUCAGACAUAUAUGACUAGUUGAGAAAUCUAUUAUUAUUAUAUAUUAUUAUAAAAUUA